UUGUUGUUUUCGUCCAUCCCUAGUGCAGACAUAUUUUUUGAUAUUUAAAUACAGUUGACAAACAAUAAACAAUGAGCAGCGAAAAGGCCGAUAAGGCCAAAAUUAGCGCUCAGAUCAAGCAUGUGCCGAAGGAUGCCCAGGUGAUCAUGUCCAUCCUCAAGGAGCUGAAUAUCCAUGAGUACGAGCCGCGCGUGGUCAACCAAAUGCUGGAAUUCACCUUCCGCUAUGUCACCUGCAUACUGGACGACGCCAAGGUGUAUGCCAACCAUGCCCGCAAAAAGACGAUUGACCUGGACGACGUGCGCCUGGCCACCGAGAUGACGCUGGACAAGAGUUUCACCGGCCCGCCCCCGCGCCACGUCCUAGCAAAGGUGGCCGAGAUACGGAACGCUACGCCUCUGCCCCCGAUCAAACCACACUGCGGUCUGCGAUUGCCGCCCGACCGCUAUUGCCUCACGGGCGUCAACUACAAACUGAGAGCUCCCAAUCAGUCGAAGAAAAUGACCAAGUCGGCGCUGGAGGGCCGGCCAAUGAAGACCGUGGUGAAGCCCGCGUCCAGCGCCAACGGCCCAAAACGAGCUCACUCCGUUGUGAACAAGCAGCAGGUGGUGACAAUAACAAAGCCCGUUAUCAAGUUCACCACAACGACCGCCAAAACUGUGCCCAGCAACAGUGGCUCUAGCGGGGGCGGUGGCGGGGCACCAGCCGGGGAGAUGAAGAACGAGACCAGUGGGUCCAAUGAUGUCAAGAUGGAUGUCGAUAGCGAUGCGGCGGCCGUGGGAAGCAUUGCCAGCGUGGUAGCGGGAAAUGCCUCCAGCACGGGUAACCCUCUGAAGCGGGAAAGAGAGGAGGAGGAGUUUGAAUUUAUAGCCAACUGAGGGCAGUCCCGAUUAAACAUUAACUUUAAAUAUAUUUUCAAAAUCAGCCGUAAAAAAAAA